CCCGUAGUUUAUCCUAUCUCGGUCCCUAUCGAGAUUCUACACACUGCCUGACUGCAUCCUGCCGCGACCCAUCCUUUGUUCGUAGUGCGGACUGUCGGGCCGGGAGGGAUCGGACACUCCGUGAAACCCCUCAACGGAGCAAAUACCAUUCUUCCAGUGGCGAGGGGAGAGACAAUUGUCAGUCGCCCAGCCAGCCUCGCAACUUUGGGCGCGAUGGGUAGCAAGGCGGAAUCGAUGCCUUACUGGCAUGUCAACGUCCCUGAGGCCGAGAGAACGGACGAAUGUCCGGAUUUUCUCGUCUCCAUCACGGACAAGGACCGUGGUAUCAUUAGCACUCCCGAUGAGCAAUAUCACGUUCAGACUUGGCCUGAAGUGCAAAGGACGGUGGCCGGAAACCGGCUCGACUUGUUUCAGCGAGUUCCCUCCGAGCUCCGCCGCUAUCUGGCAUACAUCUGGAAGCUCAAGCAGGAGUACGGAAGCAUCCCGAACUUCAUACUCAGGCAGAGGCUGCAAUGGGAAGUGCCGAUUGUGGCCAGGGGAAAGCCAUUUGAGUUCGACGAUGACCUGAAGAUCUUGUGCAAUGACUGGCCCUACGGCAUCGAUAAGAGGAUCGUCCACCUGGUCGUCUGGACCAAGUUUGCGCUGAAGGAGAACCCCGAGACCGGAGACUUGACGGCAGCGGCGAGGGCCGAGAUCGAUGCCUACGUUCAGAAGACAUUCUGUUCGAGGAUGCCACGGGACCGGGUAAUCUGGUUCAAGAAUUGGGCGUCUCUCCAAUCCGUCCGCGCCAUCGAGCAUUUCCAUGUAAUGCUUUUCUACCCUGAAUCUAACCCCGACACUGGGUUCGUAAAGGAGAUUACGAAUGGGGACAUUCCAAUGUCAGAAAGCACGAGAGCAGCAAGCUGACCUACUGCGAACUCGCCCUUUACCCCCAUCUAAGAUACUCAACGUAGACAGACGGUGCCGCCGCUACCGCCGCCGUGCUAGACCAAUGUCGCAGGCCUCUGUCACAGAUCCAUGAAUCCUCAUAAACAAUAGACUAGAGUUCAAUACAAGCAGCAGUAGAGCGGGCC